AACCGUCAUGUUAAGAUAAAGCAGAAAGGUGCAGUGCUGAACAUGCUAAAGAGGCUGGACAAAAUAAGGUUCAGAGGACAUAAGAGAGAUGAAUUCCCGGACUUAGCAGAGUCUCCCAAUGCUUCAGAUACUGAAUGUGGAGAUGAAAUCCCUAUGAAAAUACCUCGUACAUCAGGCUACGAUGAACUGAGAGACGCUGCUGGCCCUGGGGCUGUCAUCAUGGCUACAGGAGUUCCCGAUUAUAACAGAACAGAGUCUGACAGAUUAAAUGAGAUCAAAGGCCACUUGGAAAUUGCCUUGCUGGAAAAGCACUUUCUCCAGGAGGAGCUAAGAAAGCUCAGAGAAGAAACCAAUGCUGAAACACUUAAACAAGAGUUAGAAAAAGAACGCUUGAGGAGGAUAGAACUGGAACAAAAAGUCAAUGAAAUUCUGAAAGCAAGAGCAGCAGACGAAUCGCCUCCAUCUACUCAGCAGCCGCCCAAAGCACAGAAUGGAACAGAUAAACGCAGCCACAUGGUGUGUUCAAGAGUUCAGAAGUGGAUUUAUGAUAAAUUUGGAGAAUAUAUUGAAGAUUUUAGAUUUCAGCCAGAAGAAAACACAGUGGAAACCGAAGAGCCGCUUAGUGCUAGACGGCUAACAGAAAAUAUGAGAAGAUUAAAGAGAGGUGCCAAACCUGUUACAAAUUUUGUGAAGAAUCUUUCUGCCUUAUCGGACUGGUUUUCUGUCUACACUUCUGCUAUUGCCUUUAUUAUCUACAUGAAUGCUGUAUGGCAUGGCUGGGCCAUUCCUAUGUUCUUAUUUUUAGCAAUUUUGAGGUUGUCCCUAAAUUACCUCAUAGCCAGAGGGUGGAGGAUACAGUGGAGCAUUGUGCCUGAAGUUUCUGAGCCUAUUGAACCUCCCAAAGAAGACUUAACUGUAUCAGAAAAAUUUCAGCUUGUUCUGGAUGUGGCACAAAAAGCACAGAAUUUAUUUGGGAAAAUGUCAGAUAUACUGGAAAAAAUUAAAAAUUUGUUCAUGUGGGUCCAGCCUGAAGUAACGCAGAAACUAUAUAUUGCUUUAUGGGCAGCUUUUAUUGCAUCCUGCUGUAUUCCUUACAGGAUCAUUGGGCUUGCAAUGGGACUUUAUGCAGGAAUUAAGUUUUUUCUGAUUGAUUUUGUCUUCAAACGUUGUCCAAGACUACGAGCAAAGUAUGAUACUCCUUAUAUCAUAUGGCUGAAUUUGCCUACGGAUCCUCAACUCAAAGAGAGGGCUAAUGCUACAGUAUCAAGACGGCCUCAAACAGCAGCAACCCGAAGCUAUGUAGGUUCGAACGCCUCAACAGGAAUGAAUCGAGAUGAGGAAACCAGUCGCUUUCACAGCACGAAGAGAGGAAACUUCCAUGAAGUAUUUAACUUGUCAGAACAUGAGCGUCCAUUGGCAGUGUGUGAAAAUGGCUGGCGCUGUUGCUUGAUAAACAGAGAUAGGAAGAUAACCACUGAUUACAUUAGGAAUGGAGUUCUCUAUGUUACUGAAAACUAUUUAUGCUUUGAAAGCUCCAAAUCUGGUUCAUCUAAAAGAAAUAAAGUUAUAAAACUUGCAGAUAUAACAGAUAUUCAAAAGUACAAAGUACUUUCUGUUCUCCCAGGAUCUGGGAUGGGUAUUGCAGUAUCCACACCAUCUACGCAAAAACCACUCGUGUUUGGUGCCAUGAUACACAGAGACGAAGCUUUUGAGACUAUUUUCAGCCAGUAUGUGAAGAUAACAUCUGCAGCAUCUGCCAGUGAAAGCUAGUAUAUCAUCCUUGCUGGUUUUUAUAGGAAACAUCGUGAAUUUUACUCACCCAGUAGUGAAUAAAAAGGUGGAACAUCCUUCGUCAUCAGUCCUGCAAUAAUUUUCUUUGUUGCAUAUGUCUAAUGUUACAGAAGUGUAUUUUAUACAUGCCUUCCAUGGUUUCUGUUGGUUUUUAUUUACUG